AUGCAAGGACCUGUUGUGAUUGUUCUCGACGCGUUGGAUGAAUGCGGCACGGAAAAGACAAGGCGGAGCUUAAUGGAGAGUUUCUGGAAAGCCCUACCGGAGCUCCCAAAGAAUUUUCGGUUCCUGAUUACGAGCAGGAAGGAACCGGACAUCAAUCGGGCAUUCUCUGGUCGACCUCACCGUAUUCUCACCGUUGAACUUGAACACGGAUCGGAACACUAUUUGCCGAUCCCGGAUGAUUGGCAAUGGAAAAUAGACCGUCUUGCAACAGCUGCAGCAGGGCUGUUCAUCUGGGCUUCGACAGCGGUGAAACUGGUGGAUUGCGAUAAUCCGGCCCCGAAGCUGAAGAAUCUUGUAUCUGAUUCGCAGCAUCUGACUGGUCUCGAGCAACUUUAUGACUCUGUGCUUAUGACUUCUGGUAUUUCAUUUGACGAUGAAUCAUCCCAGGUUCGAUUUUCGCAAGUGGUUGGUCUUAUUCUUCUGAGCAGGAGUCAGCUCACUGAUGACACCAUUGACGGGCUUCUGGGAUUUCUGAAUGACGAGCCAUCGAGGCUAAUCCUGUCUCGUUUACAAUCCGUCCUUGUAUUCACUCGGGGAGAACCCAUCCAUUUCUGUCACACAUCUUUCCACGAUUACUUAGUGUCAGCAGGGCGUGAAAGCGACCCGUGGUUCAUUGACAUUGAGACUCAAAAGAAGUUGAUUGCCUUGCGAUGCUUCGAUGUCAUGAGGGGCAUACUGCAGUUUAACAUCUGCAGCAUAGCGUCGUCGUAUAUCCCUAAUGAACAGAUCCCUGACCUUCCAGAUCGAAUCAAGGCAAGCAUUCCUUCUCACUUGGAGUACACGUGUCUGUUCUGGAGCCAACACUUACUCGAGACACCAUUCUCACACGUGUUGUUGGAUGAGCUAUCUGAGUUCCUCGACGAACAUUUACUUUAUUGGCUCGAGGUGAUGAGCCUUUUGGAAAAGGUCAAUAUUGCUGGCCCAGCACUCCUUCAUGCAAUGAAUUGGGUCUCGUCACACAACGCCGAUGUUUUGUCAUUCCUGAGGGAUGCACGUAGGAUGAUCAUUGAUUACUGUAUAUAUGCCCACCAUUUCACGAUCGACACCGCAUAUAUACGUCUCUUUCCUUCUGUUUGCAUCGAAGGAGUCGAAUUUUAUAAGCAGAUAGGUGUAAAGCAGCGGUCGCCACUCUUGAAGAAGCUUGCAGGGCAUAGGGGAUAUGUCUACUCUGUUGCAUUCUCACCCGACAGCACUCGUGUUGCUUCUGGUUCCUAUGAUCGUACAAUUCGAAUUUGGGAUGCUGAAAUUGGGCGAGCCAUUUUCGGUCCAUUUAAAGGGCACAAAGGUUACAUACAGUCUGUUGCUUUCUCACCCGAUGGCGCGCGCGUUGUUUCCGGUUCUAACGACAAGUCAAUAAGGAUUUUGGAUGUUGAGAAUGGGCAGAUGAUUUCUGGGCCUAUGGAAGGACAUACAGGCCAUGUCUAUUUAGUUGCAUUCUUGCUGGAUAACCCUUUGGUUCCUCAGCGUCCAGCAAGGGGUUUUGGUGCUAGAGCACUAGUUGAGAGCAGACAGGCCGUCAAGCAUUUCAAGGGGCAUAAAGGCGCUGUAUUGUCUAUUGUGCUCUCUCCCAACGGAAAGCACAUUGUCUCUAGUUCAGCAGACAAGACGAUUCAAAUUUGGGAGAUUGAGAUCGCUUUCUCUGGUGACAGUACACGUGUUGCAUCAGGCUCUGCAGACAGGACAAUUCGAAUCUGGGACGCUCAGAGCGGAGAAUGUAUUUCCGAGUCUUUUGAAGGACAUACCGAGCCAGUCACUUCCGUCGCUUUCUCGCCCGACGGCAAAAGCAUCGCCUCCGGUUCACAUGAUAAGACAGUUCGAAUAUGGGAUAUUGAAAGCAGGCAGGUUGUUUCCGGUCCUUUUGAAGGCCACACUAACUGGGUACGGUCUGUUGCGUUCUCUCCCAACAGAUCCCGUGUCGUCUCAGGCUCCAACAACAAUACGAUUCGAAUCUGGGAUGCUGAAAGUGUUCAGGCCGUUUCUGGAGAUUUUGAAGGACGUACUGCUGAAGUAACUUCUGUUGCUAUCUCGCCUGACUAUAUUUCCACUUUCAAUGUCCCACACACGGAUCGUUCGAUCCCAGGAGCCCGACGCGACAUGCCUUCCAUCCGGCGAGCAGGCAACAGAGGAGACCCGAUUCGGACCGUAUUAUCACGCAACCCAGACACAACACGUUUGCCAUUUCUGGUCCUUUCGAAGGGCACGAAGGCUGGGUGUAGAUUCUGGUCCGUGGAUGGAACACGUGUUGCUUCCGGCUCAUCUGACAAAACACUCCGAAUCUGGGAUAUCGCGACCAGACAGACCAUUUCCGGUCCUUUCAAAGGGCAUGAAGACUGGGUUUACUCUGUUGCUUUCUCGCCUGAUGGGAGACACGUCGUCUCUGGUUCCGAUGAUACAACAAUCAUUGUCUGGGACGUUAAAAGUGGCGAAAUCAUUUCCAGGCUCUUGAUAGGACACAAAGAUCAGGUUUGCUCAGUGGCUUUCUCGUCCGACGGCACACGUAUUGUCUCCGGUUCUGCUGACCAGAAUAUUUUCAUUUGGAAUGUCGAGAGUGGACAGGUCGUUGCUGGACCUUUCAAUGGGCAUACAGGCAGAGUUUCGUCAGUUGCCUUUAGGGAUCUGAAUCGUACCGUACAGUACGGUUACGACCCGUUUCGGUCACGGCCUGUACAGAGUACGGUCGUACCCGUAUACAGUACGCUCGGAUCCCUAGUUGCCUUCUCUUGCGACGGAACACACAUUAUCUCGGGCUCCGAUGACAGGACAAUCUGUGUCUGGGGCGCUCAUAGUGGACAGGCCAUCUUUGUGCCUUUUGAAGGGCAUACAGCUGGUGUCUGUUCUGUUGCAUUCUCGUCAGAUGGAAGAGGCGUCAUCUCUGGAUCCUUAGAUUUCAAUGUCUGGUAUCUUGUCUCUGACUUUGUUCUCAAUAUAGAUCCUAUAUUUGACUGGAAAAUGGAUGAGGAUGGGUGGAUAUGCACAGGCAAGGGAGAAUUGCUCUUGUGGAUUCCACCUGAUCUUCAACCUACACUUUGGCGACUUCAAAAUAUUGCAGUUCUUGGUUGCUCGUUCUCAACUAGGUUGGACUUUUCGAAUGCUGCUCUUGGCAGACGGUGGCAGGAACACUUUGGACCACCUCAGUGA